AUGCACUUCCCAAGCAUUGCCACCAUCCUCGCCUUCGCAGCCACCGCCGCAGACGCUGCAAAGAUCAAUCUCGAAAUCGGCUACUUCUCAACCAUCGUGCCCCCCAUCGGCGGUAACAUCCCCGGCAUCGGCUGCGGCCCCUGGGCCCUCGCUACGGCAGCUGACGGCUCUACCAAGAGUCCGACCGGCUUGAGCGGGGGAGACGAGUGCCCCAACUCUGAACUGAGGAACUUCUGCCAGCGGUUCGGAUGUCCUCAGACGUUGAGGUUUGGCGAUACGCUUGCUUUCCAGAUUCAGUCUGGUAGUGGGCAGAGUCUUACGGUCAAAGGGAGUGUUCUCAAUGGAAAGUCGCAGACUGUGACUUGUGGACGAUCUGUCGUGACGUACUCUGGGAACAGGUACCGCACUAAUAUCUGUUACUUCGAUCUCUGA